GAUUAUGCCAUGUAACUUGUUCUUAUAGUAUUUGUAAUAUGAAGAUCAAACGCUAUGCAGUGUUCGUGACUCCAAAGCAGCCCAUGUCCACAUGGACAAUUAUCUUAGUUUGGUUUUGCCUUUUGCAACCAACUUACCUAAAAACGGAUGUCCGCGAACCAACCGAGCAACAGCAACAGCAACAACAUCAACGAGCACAUCAUCAUCAGCGCAUUAGUAGUAAUGAGGCAGCAGCGUCAUCAGCGACAACAACAUCACUGCAUAGCACUGCAAACUAUAUCACAUUGAAUAAUAAGUACAAAUUCCGACAUAAAUUGUACAAUGCCACCAUACCCGAGAAUAGUGUGGGCAAAACAUAUGCGAUACCAUUGGCACAUGAAGAUAUAAUGGGCAUUGCCAUUAUACCGGGCGCUGAGGUUAAGUAUCGCAUCGUAGCAGGAGAUCGUGAUAAGCUAUUUAAAGCUGAAGAACGUAUAGUUGAUGGCAUUGCAUUUCUAGCUAUACGCACAAGAACUAGCAACGUUGUGCUAAAUCGUGAAAAGAAUGAAGAGUAUUUGUUGAAAGUAAGAGCGAUGAUCAAAUAUAAUCUGGGUGAUGAUUAUAUGGGUGAUGAGACGGAAACUACAAUACAUAUACGUGUAUUGGAUCGUAACGAUUUAAGUCCGCUCUUCUAUCCGAUUGAGUAUUCACAAAUCGUGCCGGAAGAUAUGCCAAUACACAGGAGUAUAUUGCGUGUUACUGCGGAGGAUGCAGAUUUGGGUAUAAAUGGCGAAAUCUACUAUAGUUUUUUAAUCGAUAAUGAAUACUUUUCGAUACACCCGACGACUGGAGUAAUUACGUUAAAUAGGCAGCUAAGAUAUACAGAAAGUUCCCAUUAUAAUUUAACAGUGCUUGCGAAUGAUCGCGGUGCUGCCAUUAAUCAUUAUAAUCAUCAAUCGAGUAAGGCGAAAGUAUCCAUAACAGUAGAACAAGUUAAUUUACACACUCCAGAAAUAUAUUUUAAGACUUUUUCCAGUAUAACGUCGAAUUUUAGUUCUAAUAUUUAUGGUAUGGUUAAGGUCAGUGACAAUGAUACUGGCAAACAUGGCGAAAUAAAUAAGUUACAAAUUGUUGAUGGUGAUCCCGAUGGGAAUUUCAUUAUCACACCCACGCCUAAUAUCGGCGAAUAUUAUAUCGAAAUAAACAAGUUUGCUAGACUAAAUGAUUCCAUGAAAUAUAAUCUCACACUAAGAGCCGAAGAUAAGGGCGUACCCAUGCGGCAUUGCUAUAAAACCAUUCCAGUACACUUCAUUAAGGAACGAAAUAACGCACCAGUAUUUACUAAGCAUUUAUAUGAAAUCUCAAUACCCGAAACAUCGCCACCAAAUAUGCCUGUCAUCCGACUGAAAGUGACUGAUCCCGAUUUGGGUAAGAAUGCCAUGGUCUAUUUAGAGAUAGUGGGUGGCAAUGAGGGUGGCGAGUUUAGAAUAAAUCCCGAUUCGGGCAUGUUAUAUACACAAAAGCCACUCGAUGCCGAAAGCAAAUCUUUCUACACACUCACUGUCUCUGCCAUUGAUCAGGCUAAUCUCGGCUUCCGCAAACAAUCAUCGGCAAAGGUGAAAGUGAAUAUACAGGAUAUGAAUGAUAAUGAUCCCAUAUUCGAACCGAUGAAUACGACCAUCGAAUUGGAUGAGAAUGAAAUGGCUGGCGCUUUUGUGGUCAAGUUGACAGCGCGUGAUAGAGAUACUGGCGAGAAUGCAUACAUAUCAUAUAGUAUAGCUAAUCUGAAUGAGGUACCCUUUGAAAUAGAUCAUUUUACGGGGGAACUCAAAACAACUACACUAAUCGAUUAUGAAACCAUGCGACGCACGUAUGUGCUCAGCAUACGCGCAUCAGAUUGGGGACUGCCGUAUCGGCGACAAACCGAAUUGGAGCUUCUAAUCAAAAUUAAAGAUAUCAAUGAUAAUCGGCCUCAGUUCGAGCGUGUUAAUUGCGUUGGCAAGGUUAUGCGGAGUAUACCAGUUGGCACGGAAAUAUUUACACUUUCGGCAAUAGACUUCGAUGCUGGCGACUUUAUUACCUAUCGCCUGAUAUCGGGCAAUGAAGAUGGCUGCUUUAAUUUGGAUCCCACUACGGGUGUACUUUCGAUAGGUUGUGAUCUAAGUGAUAUUGCUGUAGCCACACGCUACAUAAAUGUCUCAUCUACCGACGGCACACAUUUCUCAGAUGAAAUGACUAUUGCCAUUGAUAUUGUGAGUGAUGAGAAAAGUGUAUUUAUGGAGCAUAUAGAUAUGUUUAACGGCUAUGGCAGUUUUGAAUGUCGUGAAACGGGUGUCUCCCGACGACUGGCAGAAAAUUUGGCAGCAGCGGAGCGAAAUAAUGCCAAUGUACAUGAAAAAACUUUCAUCAACGAUCUGGGUCUGACGCCGAGUCGUUAUGGCGAGAACAUACACGCGCCGGAGUUUAUAGACUUUCCACGCGAGCUGCGCCUGAACGAAAGCAUUGAGUUGGGUGAAACUGUGAUGUGGAUUAAGGCACGAGAUCGUGAUUUGGGCUACAAUGGCAAAUUGGUUUAUGCCAUAUCUGAUGGUGACAACGAUUCGGUAUUUCGUAUUGAUCCCGACAGUGGUGAGCUGCAAAUAAUCGGUUAUCUGGAUCGCGAACGCCAAGACGAAUAUGUCUUAAACAUAACAGUUUUCGAUCUCGGCCAGCCACAGAAGUCUCAAUCGAAACUGCUGCCUGUCUUCUUACUCGAUAGCAAUGAUAAUCGUCCAGUUUUCCAAAAAUCGCUAGCAACUUUUCAUCUUCCAGAGAAUGCAUUUAAUGGUACAUUGAUAUUUUGCUUAAAUGCCUCGGAUGCUGAUAUAGAGAAUAACGCUAAAAUAACCUACAUAAUGCAGACUGAAACGCGAGAUUUUUACGUGAAUAUCACUACAGGUUGCAUUUAUUUGACAAACGCGCUGGAUCGUGAGAAAUUGGAUACAUAUGUGUUGCACAUAAUAGCCAAGGAUAAUGGUGAGCCAUCGCUCAGCGCCGAAGCAGUGAUAAAUAUACUCGUAGAGGACAUCAACGAUAAUGCGCCAAUAUUUGGUGUGCAGGAAUUCAUAUUCAAAGUACGUGAAGACAUACCGCGCGGCACUGUGGUAGCAGCAAUCGAGGCGACUGAUGUGGAUAUCGGACCGAAUGGUGAAAUAUUUUUCUCUAUAAAAGAGGAUCUCGUCGUUGAGGAACUAUUCAAAAUCGACAAGCACACGGGAGUUAUAAGAACCUUAGGCUAUCUGGACUAUGAAAAACGGCAGGUGCACAAUUUAAUUGUGAGCGCCAUAGAUCGCGGUACACCUUCACUAACCACGGAUAUGCCAGUUGUGAUUGAGAUCAUCGAUGUGAAUGAGAAUAGGUUUGCGCCGGAAUUCGAUGAUUUCGUGUAUACGGGGAAGGUGAAAGAGAAUCUGCCGGAGCGUAGUUUCGUAAUGAAUAUAACUGCCAAAGAUGCAGACACAAAUGGACCGGAUUCAAAGAUUUCCUAUAGCAUACGUGGCGGUGAUGGGCUGGGAGUAUUUGCGGUGAACGAUGAAGGUAUAAUACGCACCUUGUCUCAUUUGGAUGCCGAAACAAAAUCUAGCUACUGGCUUACGCUUUGCGCUCAAGAUCACGCUAUUAUACCGUUAAGCAGUUGUGUGCAGGUCAACAUUCAGAUGGAGGAUGAGAACGACAAUGUGCCGCUGACUGAUAAACCAGUCUAUUACGUGUCGGUUUUGGAAGGUAGUCCAGAGAAUACACCGGUUAUUCAACUAAAUGCUUUCGACAAUGACAAAAACCCAGCUCAGUUCUUCACUUAUCGCAUAACGUCGGGAAAUCCGGAAGGUUUCUUUGAAUUAAAUUCAACUACAGGUGAUCUAACAACCACGGAAAGAAAAUUGGAUAGAGAAAACCAAGCAGAGCAUAUAUUAGAGAUUUCCAUUUCUGACAACGACACACCCGCUCUGACUUCUACCACAAGAGUUGUUGUUACAGUGGAAGAUAUCAACGAUCAUAGCCCAGAAUUCGAGCAGCGUUUUUAUAAAAUUCAAGUUCCCUCAACUGUAGAUAUAAAUGAAACGAUUUUCCAGGCUCGCGCAAUAGAUAAUGAUAUCGGCGAAAAUGGACGCAUUACUUACUAUAUCAAAUCGGGUAAGGGCAAGAAUCGUUUUCGCAUGGACCCCGAUACAGGUUUCAUUUAUUUGAUGAAACCACUCGAAAAUGAUGCAGAAUAUGAUUUGAAUAUACGCGCUGAAGAUAAUGGAAAUCCGAAACGUAGUCAAAAUGCCAAAUUAAAUAUAGUCGUCAUAUCUAUAUCUACGAAUUCACCACACGCACCCACUAUAAAGGCAGAUGAUAGUCGUAUAGAUGUAACAGAAAGUGAUAGGCCAGGUUUUUUGGUGGCGCUUGUGCAGGCGAGUGAUGAGGACAACGAUCAUUUGUGGUAUAACUUGACUGGUGGCAACGAACGCAAUGAAUUCUACAUUGGUAAAGAUAACGGUCACAUUUUACUAUCGAAAAGUUUGGAUCGUGAGACACAGGAUUCGUACAACUUAACCGUUAGCGUUACCGAUGGCACACAUAUCACUAACACCAAUUUGUAUAUACACGUUGUCGACAUCAACGAUAAUCGUCCGCAAUUCACACAAGAUAUAUACUAUGUAAAUAUAUCCGAGAAUAUCGAAGAGGAAGCCAUUAUUAUGCAACUGCAUGCAACAGAUAAAGAUGAAGAUAAUAAAAUUUUCUACACACUCCAUGCCGCACAAGAUCCAUCGUCGCUCGCAUUAUUUCGUGUAGACUCCAUCAGUGGCAAUGUGCUGGUCACACAACGUUUGGAUUAUGAAAAGAAUAGGCAUCACACUUUGAUAGUAAUCGCUAAGGAUCAAGGUACUCCCGCCAAGCGAAAUUAUGCGAAAAUCGUGAUAACCGUGCAUGAUCAUAAUGAUCAUCAUCCAGAAUUUAUGAGCAAAAUUGUGCAAAGUAAGGUGCCGGAGAGCGCAGCGAUCGGUUCAAAGGUGGCCGAGCUAACCGCUUUGGACUUGGAUAGUGGUAAAAAUGCUGAAGUGAAAUAUUCCAUUAUAACUGGUAAUAUUGGCAAUACGUUUGAAAUUGAUUCAACGAUGGGUAUUGUUACGUUGGCCAAGAGAUUGAAUAUUAAUAAAAUGCAAGAAUAUAUGUUGCAAAUCAAGGCCAUAGAUCUCGGCGAACCACCGCUCUCCUCACAAAUGCCGCUACACAUUAUUGUGACUAUGUCCGAAAAUGAUCCGCCCAUCUUCAUGGCGCCAUUGAAUGUGAUUGAAAUCUAUGAAAGCAUACCCGUUGGCACAUUUGUUUGCCAAGUAGAGGCACGUUCUUCAUCAUCUGUUUUCUAUGAGGUAGCGAAUGGCGACGAUGGCUAUAGCUUUCGUAUCAAUCCCUCGACAGGUGUGAUAACGGCGAAUGACAUCAUUGAUUAUGAGAAGAAUAAAUCAUUUAAUCUAACCAUUAUCGCAACGAAUAUGGCAUCAGCUACUUCCACGCACAAUAUAAUCAUUCACAUUUUAGAUAUUAACGACAAUGAACCAUAUUUCGAAAAAACUACAUACAAUGGCACCAUUUCGGAGGUUGCUAAAGUUGGUUCCUUCGUAUUUCGAAAAAAUGAUCCACAAAAGAGACCACUUCUAUUAACAGCAAAGGAUUUAGAUGAAGGCGUUAACAGUAUGAUUGAAUUUACAAUUUUAAAUAAUCAAGCUAAGGAAUAUUUCGAAAUCGAUUCCUCUACGGGAGCUAUUAAACUGUUGAAACAAGUGGACUAUGAAAAAAAUAAAUAUUUUCGAUUUGACGUUAUGAUUAACGAUUUGGGCACACCAAAAUUAUAUGCCAAAUAUCACUCAACUAUACAUAUCGAUGUUGAAAAUAUCAACGAUUGCCCGCCGGUUUUCAAUAAAAACUACAUGAAUGUCACCCUGUAUCAACCCACAUAUGAAAAUAUCAUGAUAGCUGAAGUGAAUGCUACCGAUGCCGAUUUGGAUGAAAAUACGAAAAUACGUUAUGACAUUAUUGAUGGAAAUCCAGAUGGUUGUUUCGAAAUCGAUGCUACAACGGGAAUCGUAACGACAAGGGACAUAACGCGUUUGGACACAUUUUAUACCCUACACAUUCGCGCUUCUGAUGGCCUAUAUUCGGCUAUUGCACAAAUUGAUAUAAACAUUGAAACCCUAACCACACCUGGCUUUGUUUUCCAAAAACCAUUCUACACAUUUUCAACAAUCGAAAAUUCUUCCAAAAUUGUCACGGUAGGGCUGGUUAAUGUUGUGGGUAAUCUACUGCAUGAAAAUAUCGAAUUCACCAUUCUGAGUCCCACAAAAAUGUUUGUCAUCGGCAAGACAUCGGGUGCUAUAAAAACGACCGGUUUACCUUUUGAUCGCGAAAGUCAAGACAGUUACACAAUAGUGGUCGAAGCACGCUCUUUACUGUUAUACGAAAAAUACAAACAGAUGCGGCGUGCUAUUGUGCGUGUUGAAAUAUCCAUACUCGAUGUGAAUGACAAUUGUCCAAUCUUCGUGAAUUUAAUACUCGAUGUGAAUGACAAUUGUCCAAUCUUCGUGAAUUUACCUUAUUAUGCCACACUAUCUGUUGAUGAUGCCAAAGGUACAGUGAUAACAAAGGUGAAGGCUGUGGAUUUGGAUAGUUAUGAAAAUGGUGAAGUGCGUUACGAGAUGAAGAAAGGAAACGGUGAGCUUUUCAAAGUGGAUCGCAAGUCGGGUGAAUUGGUGUUGAAGCAAAAUAUCGAUGGUAGUACCAGAGUGUACGAUUUGAUUAUCGCUGCAUACGAUGGUGCAAUUUCUCCGUGUUCUACAGAUGCAGCGGUUAACAUAAAGGUUGUUGACCGCUCUAUGCCCACAUUCGAUAAACAAUUUUAUUCCGAUGUCGUAAAGGAAAAUGCCGAACUAUUUUCAGCACUCUCCAUAGCAAUACUGGCCGAAAGUCCGCUUAAACGGAAAUUAAUUUAUACAAUAUCCAGCGGAAAUGAGGACGAAGUAUUCGAAAUUGAUUACCGAACUGGCGUCAUUUACAUCGUUAACGAGCUGGAUUAUGAGACAAAGCAAAGCCACGAAUUUAUGGUGCGUGCCACCGAUUCGCUCUCUGGUAUCUAUGCCGAGGUAACGGUGUCAAUAAUUGUCGAAGAUGCCAAUGAUUGUUAUCCAGAAAUCGAACAAGCCAAUUACAACAUCACCAUAUCUGAAAAUCUCAUAAUCGGUUCACAAAUAAUGAAAGUGAAUGCAACCGAUUGUGAUGCGAAUGCAAAUAGCGAAUUAUCAUAUUUUAUUGAUAGCGUCGAUGGUAAAAAUAACUCUGCACUCUUUUACAUCGACAUGUCAGAGGGAUAUCUAUAUUUGAAAAGUAAUUUAGAUGCCGAAGAAAGUACUUUCCAUCACAUCAUACUGGUGGUGAAAGAUCAUGGUACGCCAUCGUUAAGUUCGCGAGCAAAUGUAUGGAUUACAGUAAGGGAUCUCAAUGAUAAUUUUCCAAAAUUUACGGAGGCUUCCUUCUCGAGUCGUCUAUCAGUGAAUGCACAACGUGGCCAAUUCGUUAUCAAUGCAAGAGCCUAUGAUCCCGAUCAUGAAGAUAACGAUCGGCUUAAAUAUCGUAUAAUCGACGGCAAUGAAUUGCAAACGUAUACGAUUAAUGAAAAUAAUGGCGUUAUCACGCUACAAAAUAUGCAAAAUUUCACGGAUCAUCAUCAGACGCUGCUAAAUGUUUCCGUUAGCGAUGGUGUACACACAACUUAUGCGAGGGUAAAAAUCAUACUUAUGCCGGAAAAUAAUCAUGCACCAAAGUUUUUGAAAUCGAGCUAUGAGGCGAGUGUGAGGGAGAAUGAGGCAGCUGGAAAGAAUAUCGUUUUGCUUCACGCAUACGACGCUGACUUUGGACGCUUUGCAAAACUCACUUAUGAUCUGGUCUCAGAAGAAUUCAAAGAGUAUUUCGAAAUUGAUGGCAGCAAUGGUUCCAUUACAACCAAAGUGGCAUUUGAUCGGGAGCAACGUGCUUUCUACGACGUAUUAGUGCGGGUCUCUGACGAAGGUGGCAAGGCAGAUUAUGCUCUCUUGAAAAUCAAAGUUGAAGAUGUAAAUGACAAUAGUCCGCGCUUCAUGGUUAAGGAAUAUAAACUUGUAGUUAAAGUCGAUACACCAAUUAAUUUCACACUUUUGAAGGUAAAAGCAUUCGAUAUAGAUGAGCAUGAUAAUGCUCGUUUAACGUACACAAUCGACGAGUCGACAGUGGCGGAAACUUACAAAGAUAUAUUCGCUAUCAAUGAGCACGAUGGUGCUUUGAGCUUGCUGAGACCUAUAACAGAGCUCGCCAACAAUGUCGCGCAGUUCUUUGUGCGCGCUCUGGAUCGUGGCAGCCCCCAGUUCCACAAUGAUGUGCCUGUUACAGUGCAAUUCAUCAGCGCCAAUGUUACCGUACCGGAAUUUGAAAAGCGUUCCCUUGAACUGCACGUUUUAGAAUCCACACCACCGGGUUCCGUCUUGACAAAACUACGGCUUUCCGGAAAUUAUUCUGUGAAAUUUUCAAUACCAAUUGAAAGUCGAAAGUUUUCGAUUUCCGAAAAUGGUGAAGUAAUACUCAUGCAAACGCUCGAUCGCGAAGUGAACGAUGUACACUAUAUGAUUGCCAUGGCGGAGACAGAAACUAUCCCGCCUCUUUUUACCUUUUGCGAAAUCCACAUACAAGUGCUGGAUGAAAACGAUAAUUCACCAAAGUUUGAUAGUCGCGAGUACAAUGUGCAUGUAGGCGAGAAUAUCGACAAAGUCGCCUCGAUCAUAAAAAUCACAGCGACCGAUAUGGAUACAGGAUCGAAUGGGGAUAUUCGCUAUUAUCUGGAAGACGAAACAAAUACUGCAUCAAAUGUUUUCGACAUCGAUAUCUACACGGGUUGGAUAACCUUGCUGAGCGCACUGGAUAGGGAAACCCAAUCGGAGUACCACUUCAAUGUGCUCGCAACUGACAAUGGCCAACCGAAGCAUGUGUCGAAGGUGCCUGUGACCAUCAAGAUCAUCGACUACAACGACAAUCCCUCGCUUUUCAAUCAGGACAAAUUCGAGAUCGCAGUGCAAGAGAACGCGCUGCCUGGCACCAUUUUGAAAUAUUUCCUGAUUACCGAUCUGGAUGCCGAGAAGAGCAUAACAAGCUAUUAUAUAAUGAGUGGUGAUAAAUUUUCGCAAUUCCAAAUUGGUAAAACCGGUGAACUCUUUGUGGCCAAGCCACUGGAUAGAGAGGCUAUCGCAGCUUACAACUUGCAUGUACUUGUAACGGAUGGCAAGUUUGUGGCCACCACUGAGGUGGUGAUAACGGUGCAGGAUGUGAAUGAUAAUGUGCCGAUUUGUAUGACGCCACGCUACACUUUGAGAAUUAAUGAAUCUGUGAUGGCGGGUACGCCCCUAAUACAAAUCGACGCAUUGGAUCUGGAUGAGAAUGGCGGUAAUCAGUUACGUUACUAUUUGACAGGCAAUCGCUCAGAUGAUUUCUUCAUAGAAAAAGACACCGGCACCUUGCGUGUGGCUAAGCCGAUAGAUAGAGAGACGCAUGCGCGUUAUAUUUUAACUGCGCAUGCGCAAGACGGCCAAGAGCUGCUGCAGGUAUGCACCUCUGAGUUGAUUAUCAUCGUCAAUGAUCUCAACGAUAAUCGACCAGAGUUCUCAAUGGCACAGUAUAUAGUAAGCAUACCCGAGGAUGCGCCUGUCGGCACCAUUGUGACCAAAGUGCAUGCGACCGAUAAAGAUUUCGGCCUCAAUCGCAAGAUCAUUUACUCAUUCCUUGAAGAGCAGCCGAACUUUAGCAUCUCACGCACGAGUGGCAUUAUAAAACUCUCGAAAAGUUUAGAUCGUGAAAGCAUUUCCAUAUUCAACAUCUCUAUUAAAGCGGUGGACUGUGGCAAUCCCAAGCAGUUAACAAUCACAAGGCUCAUCAUCAACGUGCUCGAUAUUAACGAUAAUCCACCAGAAUUCAGUAAGCGCGAGUAUCGCACGUAUGUGUACGAGAAUGCCACACUCAACUCGGAGGUGGUGCGCAUCUUUGCGACCUCAAAGGACAUAGGCGUCAAUGCGGAGGUGCUGUACUUCAUUGUGGGCGGCAAUGAGCAUAAUAAGUUCAGCAUUGAUUCCAAGACGGGCAGCGUAUAUGUAAAUGAUGAUUUGGAUUAUGAACGCACAAAGGCUUACUUUCUCACCGUGCAAGCGAUUGAUGGCGGUACACCACCGCUCAGCAACAUAGCUUCGGUGAAUAUUUCGGUCCUGGAUGUCAACGAUAAUCGCCCGAAAUUCACGCAGAAUACGUAUCGUGCGAAAGUGCGGGAGGAUGCAUCUAAAAUGCAAAGGGUCCUACAGGUAUUGGCUACCGACGCGGACUCAGGCCAAAAUGGCAUCAUACGCUAUAAUAUAGAGCGUGGCGAUCAGCUCAAUCAGUUCGCCAUAGAAGACUUCUCUGGUCAGAUAAUCGUCAUCAAUGCGCUGGAUCGUGAGUUAAAUGCCAAUUACUUGCUAGAGGUGAAGGCCUGCGACAAUGGCGUGCCCGAGCUAUGCAACUAUGUGCGCAUCUAUGUGGAUAUUGUGGACGUGAACGACAAUCCGCCGCUCUUCCGCCAGCAAAAUUACAGCGUAGUAUUGCAGGAGAACAAGCAGUUGGGCUAUAAUGUGCUGCCAUUCGAAAUCACCGAUGCCGAUGAACCGCCGAAUACGUCGCCCUACACCUUCGAUCUUCGCAGCGGCAAUGAUGGCGGUUUCUUCCGCAUCGAGCAAGAUGGCUGGCUGCGUACUGCGGCGCGUUUUAAUCACAAAAUCUGCGACAUUUACACGCUGCAGGUUCGCGUCUUUGACAAUGGCACACCGCCGCUCUAUUCGGACGCCUGGGUGCAUGUGCGCAUCAUCGAAGAGAGCCAAUAUCCGCCUGUUAUAACACCGUUGGAGGUUACUGUGAAGUCUUAUGACGACGAUUAUAUCGGUGGUUUCUUAGGUCGCAUACAUGCGAGCGAUCAGGAUAAGUAUGACAAUUUGAUAUACGCGCUGACGCCCACCAGCGGUGAGUCGUUCGAGACCAAGCAACUAUUCAAUAUAUCACAAAAUAACGGUUCCCUGUACGCCAUCAGCAACCUCGAUGUGGGCAUGUAUCGCAUUAAUGUAACAGUUACCGAUGGCAAGUUUACAGCGCAUGCAGUUAUCAAGCUGAAUGUGGAGCUUAUAACGGGCGAUAUGACACGAAAUGCAGUUGUGAUAAGUUUUCGCAAAGUUACGCCCGAAGCGUUCAUACUGAGUCAUCGGAAAGGGUUCAUACGCGCUUUGCGCGCCAUACUACGCUGCCGCCAGAAAGACAUCACCAUCAUUGCCAUACAAACGGCCUCGAGCCAUGCCACUUACAAGGAACCGAACGAUUCGGAAAAUGUCAUGCUGGAGCGGAGUAAGCGUCAGACGCCUAUGGCUGCCGAUAAUUUGAAUAUUUUAUUCGCAGUACGCAAGCAACAAAUUACGCCUAGCUCAGAGGAGUAUUUCACCACAGCCGAGGUGCGCGCAGUGCUGGUGAAUUUCAUUGACGACAUCGAGGACGCCACCAAUCUGGUGGUGGAAGAGAUAAUGGCGCCUACCUGUGCGCGCAAUAUUUGCAUGCAAGGUGACUGCUUCAAUCGCAUACGCCUCAAUAAGCGCAAGUUAAAUACGUACUCCACAGAUGUCGCCAGCUUCGCCUCACCCACGUACAAGCACGCUAACGAAUGUCAAUGCAAGCAAGGCUAUGGUGGACGCAUCUGCAACGAGCCGAUAAACGCCUGCUCAUCGGACCCUUGUCCGCCGGAGAAGACAUGCUGGCCCGCCAACACUACUGUCGGCUACCAGUGCAUCUGUCCGCAAGGUUACACCGGUCAUGCCUGCGACAGCAAAUCGUCGCUAUCGAAAUGUCCACACGGCAACUGCAGCGCGCGUUUCACAUCGGUCUCCUUCAGCGGCAAGAGCUAUGCGCACUACAAGAUCAACAAGGCUGUGGCGAAGUCUAUACUCGAGCAGGAGUUUGUCUAUUCGCUGAAGAUACGCACUGUACAGCAAACGGGCACGUUACUCUUUUCCAGCGGCCGCAUCGACUAUCACAUACUGGAGAUCUUCAAUGGCGCUGUGCAAUAUCGCUUCGAGCUGGGCUCGGGCGAGGGAAAAAUAUGUGUCUCAAGCAUUUACAUUGCCGAUGGCGAGUGGCAUACCAUUACGCUGGAACGCAUAUUGAAUAGCGCCAAGCUGACGGUGGACAACAAGCACGUCUCGCAGGGCAGUGCGCCAGGCGUCAAUGGCAUACUAAACAUACAAUCGAGUGAUAUUUUCGUGGGCGCUGAAGUGAAACCGCAUCCCUCCAUCAUCGGCUUCGAGGACAUACAGAAGGGUUUCAUUGGCUGCAUGUCAGACAUCAAAAUUGCGCUCGAUCCACUACCACUAUACAUAUCGGGUGGCAGCUCUGUGGCGGCGCUAAAGCGUUUCACAAACGUCGAGUUCACUUGUGAUCCGACGAGCGUGCUCGUACAGCUGGGCAUUUGUGGCGCACAGCCUUGCCUCAACGGCGGCAUCUGCAUCGACUUGGGCGAGAAUAAAUUCAAGUGUACCUGUCAUUCACGUUUCACCGGGAAGGUGUGUGAGAUGGAUAUGGAUCCGUGCGCCUCGGCGCCCUGUCUGUACGGCGGCCGCUGUGAGGUGCACGAGUUGGGCAAUUACACGUGCGCAUGUCCGCUGCACUUAUCGGGGCACCGCUGCGAAUAUGGCAAAUAUUGUUCGCCCAAUCCAUGCAAAAAUGGUGGCGUUUGCGAGGAGGGCGAUGGCACACCGCACUGCAUGUGCCGUGGCUAUACCGGGCCAACGUGUGAGAUCGACGUGAAUGAAUGUGAUAAUCAUCCGUGUGGCAAUGGUGCCACCUGCAUCAAUGAGGCUGGUAGCUUUCGCUGUAUUUGCCCAUCUUAUCUUACAGGCGCCAGUUGUGGCGAUCCAUUAUAUUCCAAUUCGAUUUCUACAAAGUUAAAGAAUCUCUCAAUGGAGCAGCUUGCUGGCAUUGUGGUGGGCAUAGUGUUCAUUAUCAUAGUUAUACUUGUGGCCUUCUGUUGUAUAGUCAUUCGGAAGAGCAGUAAUACAAGCGGCCAAAAUUCAACGAGUAAGGAUCCAUAUAAGGGUGAGAAUUUGAAUUCGCUUGUCUGUAAGGAAAAAUACGCCAAGAAUAUCGCUAAGAUGAGCAAUUUGGAGAUAAACCAGCGGCCAAUGAGUUAUACAGCAUCGACAAAUGAUAACUUGUACACUGGUCACACAACCUUCGUGAAUAACUUGGACAUAUUGCGCAGCUACGGUUCGGCGGGUGAUGAGCUGGAAAACAUUCCAUUCGAAUAUCAAAAAAUCAAUCGAAAUAAUGAGCAUGUAAAUCUAAACGAUUCUGAUCCCGUACAGAAGCGCGACUGGGCUGAGCAAAUGCAUUUGAAGACGUUCAGCGAGAAUAAGCUUAACAAUGAAAAACUCGAUUAUGCCGCUUUAAAAACGGGCUGUAGCAAAAUGAUACAAGUAACAGUGCCAAAUGUAUGUCAUUCACCUUAUACCGAUUAUCCAACGGUCAAUCAUGGUCAAUAUCAUUGGGACUGUUCGGAUUGGGUACGUAAAAGCCAUAAUCCAUUGCCGGAUAUAACAGAGGUACCUGGUGCUGAGAUUGCCGACUCAUCGAGCUUCCAUAGUAAUGAUAGCAAUGAAUCUAAGCCAAGGCGUACCUAUGCAAUGCAAAGUAUGUGCGUUGGUGUUGAUCCUACACGAGAUAUUGUAACUUUAAAUGAAGACUUAACAUCCGAAUGCAUCGACUCUGAACUCGAGAGUUGUAUGCGACCUUUCGAACUGCCGCUUAUUAAUAAUGAUGAUGUUUCAAGACUGAGCCCCCAAAUUAACUUUGAGAAUGAAGACUUCAUUACAAAUCCAGUGCCUUCAACAUAUGAUCCUAUGAACUCAUGUAACGCAUACUUACGGCAUCCAGAUUCAUAUUUACCUCCAUUUAAUGUACCCAGUGAAACUGAAGGUGAAAGUUCAAGCACUGAGGUAUUUUCAAAAGCCACCAGUGAAAUGCUACCCAGAAGAAAAUUAAGUGACAAAUCGGAAGAAAUUUAUGUGUUCAGAAAUCUCCACUCGAAAAAUGGAUCAAAUAGUGACCUAUCGGUUCACUUGUGUGAAAUUGAAGAUUCCGAAUUAGAGGAACUCGAUGUGAAUGACAAUUGUCCAAUCUUCGUGAAUUUACCUUACUAUGCCACACUAUCGGUUGAUGAUGACAAAGGUACAGUGAUAACAAAGGUGAAGGCUGUGGAUUUGGAUAGUUAUGAAAAUGGUGAAGUGCGUUACGAGAUGAAGAAAGGAAACGGUGAGCUUUUCAAAGUCGAUCGCAAGUCGGGUGAAUUGGUGCUGAAGCAAAAUAUCGAUGGUAGUACCAGAGUGUACGAUUUGAUUAUCGCUGCAUACGAUGGUGCAAUUUCUCCAUGUUCUACAGAUGCAGCGGUUAACAUAAAGGUUGUUGACCGCUCUAUGCCAACAUUCGAUAAACAAUUUUAUUCCGAUGUCGUAAAGGAAAAUGCCGAACUAUUUUCAGCACUCUCCAUAGCAAUACUGGCCGAAAGUCCGCUUAAACGGAAAUUAAUUUAUACAAUAUCCAGCGGAAAUGAGGACGAAGUAUUCGAAAUUGAUUACCGAACUGGCGUCAUUUAUAUCGUUAACGAGUUGGAUUAUGAGACAAAGCAAAGCCACGAAUUUAUGGUGCGUGCCACCGACUCGCUCUCUGGUAUCUAUGCCGAGGUAACGGUGUCAAUAAUUGUCGAAGAUGCCAAUGAUUGUUAUCCAGAAAUCGAACAAGCCAAUUACAACAUCACCAUAUCGGAAAAUCUCAUAAUCGGUUCACAAAUAAUGAAAGUGAAUGCAACCGAUUGUGAUGCGAAUGCAAAUAGCGAAUUAUCAUAUUUUAUUGAUAGCGUCGAUGGUAAAAAUAACUCCGCACUCUUUUACAUCGACAUGGCAGAGGGAUAUCUAUAUUUGAAAAGUAAUUUAGAUGCCGAAGAAAGUACUUUCCAUCACAUCAUACUGGUGGUGAAAGAUCAUGGUACGCCAUCGUUAAGUUCGCGAGCAAAUGUAUGGAUUAUAGUAAGGGAUCUCAAUGAUAAUUUUCCAAAAUUUACGGAGGCUUCCUUCUCGAGUCGUCUAUCAGUCAAUGCACAACGUGGCCAAUUCGUUAUCAAUGCAAGAGCCUAUGAUCCCGAUCAUGAGGAUAACGAUCGGCUUAAAUAUCGUAUAAUCGAUGGCAAUGAAUUGCAAACGUAUACGAUUAAUGAAAAUAAUGGCGUUAUCACGCUACAAAAUAUGCAAAAUUUCACGGAUCAUCAUCAGACGCUGCUAAAUGUUUCCGUUAGCGAUGGUGUACACACAACUUAUGCGAGGGUAAAAAUCAUACUUAUGCCGGAAAAUAAUCAUGCACCAAAGUUUUUGAAAUCGAGCUAUGAGGCGAGUGUGAAGGAAAAUGAGGCAGCUGGAAAGAAUAUCGUUUUGCUUCAAGCAUACGACGCUGACUUUGGACGCUUUGCAAAACUCACUUAUGAUCUGGUCUCAGAAGAAUUCAAAGAGUAUUUCGAAAUUGAUGGCAGCAAUGGUUCCAUUACAACCAAAGUGGCAUUUGAUAGGGAGCAACGUGCUUUCUACGACGUAUUAGUGCGGGUCUCUGACGAAGGUGGCAAGGCAGAUUAUGCUCUCUUGAAAAUCAAAGUUGAAGAUGUAAAUGACAAUAGUCCGCGCUUCAUGGUUAAGGAAUAUAAACUUGUAGUUAAAGUCGAUACACCAAUUAAUUUCACACUUUUGAAGGUAAAAGCAUUCGAUAUAGAUGAGCAUGAUAACGCGCGUUUAACGUACACAAUCGACGAAUCGACAGUGGCGGAAACUUACAAAGAUAUAUUCGCUAUCAAUGAGCGCGAUGGUGGUUUGAGCCUGCUGAGACCGAUAACAGAGCUCGCCAACAAUGUCGCGCAGUUCUUUGUGCGCGCUCUGGAUCGUGGCAGCCCUCAGUUCCACAAUGAUGUGCCUGUUACAGUGCAAUUCAUCAGCGCCAAUGUUACCGUACCGGAAUUUGAAAAGCGUUCCCUUGAACUGCACGUUUUAGAAUCCACGCCACCGGGUUCCGUCUUGACAAAACUACGGCUUUCCGGAAAUUAUUCUGUGAAAUUUUCAAUACCAAUUGAAAGUCGAAAGUUUUCGAUUUCCGAAAAUGGUGAAGUAAUACUCAUGCAAACGCUCGAUCGCGAAGUGAACGAUGUACACUAUAUGAUUGCCAUGGCGGAGACAGAAACUAUACCGCCUCUUUUUACCUUUUGCGAAAUCCACAUACAAGUGCUGGAUGAAAACGAUAAUUCACCAAAGUUUGAUAGUCGCGAGUACAAUGUGCAUGUAGGUGAGAAUAUCGACAAAGUCGCCUCUAUCAUAAAAAUCACAGCGACCGAUAUGGAUACAGGAUCGAAUGGGGAUAUUCGCUAUUAUCUGGAAGAUGAAACGAAUACUGCAUCGAAUGUUUUCGACAUCGAUAUCUACACGGGUUGGAUAACCUUGCUGAGCGCACUGGAUAGGGAAACCCAAUCGGAGUACCACUUCAAUGUGCUCGCAACUGACAAUGGCCAACCGAAGCAUGUGUCGAAGGUGCCUGUGACCAUCAAGAUCAUCGACUACAACGACAAUCCCUCGCUUUUCAAUCAGGACAAAUUCGAGAUCGCAGUGCAUGAGAACGCGCUGCCUGGCACCAUAUUGAAAUACUUCCUGAUAACCGAUCUGGAUGCCGAGAAGAGCAUAACGAGCUAUUACAUAAUGAGUGGUGAUAAAUUUUCGCAAUUCCAAAUUGGUAAAACCGGUGAACUCUUUGUGGCCAAGCCACUGGAUAGAGAGGCUAUCGCAGCUUACAACUUGCAUGUACUUGUAACGGAUGGAAAGUUUGUGGCCACCACUGAGGUGGUGAUAACGGUGCAGGAUGUGAAUGAUAAUGUGCCGAUUUGUAUGACGCCACGCUACACUUUGAGAAUCAACGAAUCUGUGAUGGCGGGUACGCCCCUAAUACAAAUCGAUGCAUUGGAUCUGGAUGAGAAUGGCGGUAAUCAGUUACGUUACUAUUUGACAGGCAAUCGCUCAGAUGAUUUCUUCAUCGAAAAAGACACCGGCACCUUGCGUGUGGCUAAGCCGAUAGAUAGAGAGACGUAUGCGCGUUAUAUUUUAACUGCACAUGCGCAAGACGGCCAAGAGCUGCUGCAGGUAUGCACCUCUGAGUUGAUUAUCAACGUCAAUGAUCUCAACGAUAAUCGACCAGAGUUCUCGAUGGCACAGUAUAUAGUAAGCAUACCCGAGGAUGCGCCUGUCGGCACCAUCGUGACCAAAGUGCAUGCGACCGAUAAGGAUUUCGGCCUCAAUCGCAAGAUCAUUUACUCAUUCCUUGAAGAGCAGCCGAACUUUAGCAUCUCACGCACGAGUGGCAUUAUUAAACUCUCGAAAAGUUUAGAUCGUGAAAGCAUUUCCAUAUUCAACAUCUCUAUUAAAGCGGUGGACUGUGGCAAUCCCAAACAGUUAACAAUCACAAGGCUCAUCAUCAACGUGCUCGAUAUUAAUGAUAAUCCACCAGAAUUCAGUACGCGCGAGUAUCGCACGUAUGUGUACGAGAAUGCCACACUCAACUCGGAGGUGGUGCGCAUCUUUGCGACCUCAAAGGACAUAGGCGUCAAUGCGGAGGUGCUGUACUUCGUUGUGGGCGGCAAUGAGCAUAAUAAGUUCAGCAUUGAUUCCAAGACGGGCAGCGUAUAUGUAAAUGAUGAUUUGGAUUAUGAACGCACAAAGGCUUACUUUCUCACCGUGCAGGCGAUUGAUGGCGGCACGCCACCGCUCAGCAACAUAGCUUCGGUGAAUAUUACGGUCCUGGAUGUCAACGAUAAUCGCCCGAAAUUCACGCAGAAUACGUAUCGUGCGAAAGUGCGGGAGGAUGCAUCUAAAAUGCAAAGGAUCCUACAGGUAUUGGCUACCGACGCGGACUCGGGCCAAAAUGGCAUCAUACGCUAUAAUAUAGAGCGUGGCGAUCAGCUCAAUCAGUUCGCCAUAGAAGACUUCUCUGGUCAGAUAAUCGUCAUCAAUGCGCUGGAUCGUGAGUUAAAUGCCAAUUACUUGCUAGAGGUGAAGGCCUGCGACAAUGGCGUGCCCGAGCUAUGCAACUAUGUGCGCAUCUAUGUGGAUAUUCUGGACGUGAACGACAAUCCGCCGCUCUUCCGCCAGCAAAAUUACAGCGUAGUAUUGCAGGAGAACAAGCAGUUGGGCUAUAAUGUGCUGCCAUUCGAAAUCACCGAUGCCGAUGAACCGCCGAACACGUCGCCCUACACCUUCGAUCUUCGCAGCGGCAAUGAUGGCGGUUUCUUCCGCAUCGAGCAAGAUGGCUGGCUGCGUACUGCGGCGCGUUUUAAUCACAAAAUCUGCGACAUUUACACGCUGCAGGUGCGCGUCUUUGACAAUGGAACACCGCCGCUCUAUUCGGACGCCUGGGUGCAUGUGCGCAUCAUCGAAGAGAGCCAAUAUCCGCCUGUUAUAACACCGUUGGAGGUUACUGUGAAGUCUUAUGACGACGAUUACAUCGGUGGUUUCUUGGGUCGCAUACAUGCGAGCGAUCAGGAUAAGUAUGACAAUUUGAUAUACGCGCUGACGCCCACCAGCGGUGAGUCGUUCGUGACCAAGCAACUUUUCAAUAUAUCACAAAAUAACGGUUCCCUGUACGCCAUCAGCAACCUCGAUGUGGGCAUGUAUCGCAUUAAUGUAACUGUCACCGAUGGCAAGUUUACAGCGCAUGCAGUUAUCAAGCUGAAUGUGGAGCUUAUAACGGGCGAUAUGACACGCAAUGCUGUUGUGAUAAGUUUUCGCAAAGUUACGCCUGAAGCGUUCAUACUGAGUCAUCGCAAAGGUUUCAUACGCGCUUUGCGCGCCAUACUACGCUGCCGCCAGAAAGACAUCACCAUCAUUGCCAUACAAACGGCCUCGAGCCAUGCCACUUACAAGGAACCCAACGAUUCGGAAAAUGUCAUGCUGGAGCGGAGUAAGCGUCAGACGCCUAUGGCUGCCGAUAAUUUGAAUAUUUUAUUCGCAGUACGCAAGCAACAAAUAACGCCCAGCUCAGAGGAGUAUUUCACCACAGCUGAGGUGCGCGCAGUGCUGGUCAAUUUCAUUGACGACAUCGAGGACGCCACCAAUCUGGUGGUGGAAGAGAUAAUGGCGCCUACCUGUGCGCGCAAUAUUUGCAUGCAAGGUGACUGCUUCAAUCGCAUACGCCUCAAUAAGCGCAAGUUAAAUACGUACUCCACAGAUGUCGCCAGCUUCGCCUCGCCCACGUACAAGCACGCCAACGAAUGUCAAUGCAAGCAAGGCUAUGGUGGACGCAUAUGCAACGAGCCGAUAAACGCCUGCUCAUCGGACCCUUGUCCGCCGGAGAAGACAUGCUGGCCCGCCAACACUACUGUCGGCUACCAGUGCAUCUGUCCGCAAGGUUACACCGGUCAUGCCUGCGACAGCAAAUCGUCGCUAUCGAAAUGUCCAUACGGCAACUGCAGCGCGCGUUUCACCUCGGUCUCCUUCAGCGGCAAGAGCUAUGCGCACUACAAGAUCAACAAGGCUGUGGCGAAAUCUAUACUCGAGCAGGAGUUUGUCUAUUCGCUGAAGAUACGCACUGUGCAGCAAACGGGCACGUUACUCUUCUCCAGCGGCCGCAUCGACUAUCACAUACUGGAGAUCUUCAAUGGCGCUGUGCAAUAUCGCUUCGAGCUGGGCUCGGGCGAGGGGAAAAUAUGUGUCUCAAGCAUUUACAUUGCCGAUGGCGAGUGGCAUACCAUUACGCUGGAACGCAUAUUGAAUAGCGCCAAGCUGACGGUGGAUAACAAGCACGUCUCGCAGGGCAGUGCGCCAGGCGUCAAUGGCAUACUAAACAUACAAUCGAGUGAUAUUUUCGUGGGCGCUGAAGUGAAACCGCAUCCCUCCAUCAUCGGCUUCGAGGACAUACAGAAGGGUUUCAUUGGCUGCAUGUCAGACAUCAAAAUUGCGCUCGAUCCACUACCACUAUACAUAUCGGGUGGCAGCUCUGUGGCGGCGCUAAAGCGUUUCACAAACGUCGAGUUCACUUGUGAUCCGACGAGCGUGCUCGUACAACUGGGCAUUUGUGGCGCACAGCCUUGCCUCAACGGCGGCAUCUGCAUCGACUUGGGCGAGAAUAAAUUCAAGUGUACCUGUCAUUCACGUUUCACCGGUCAGAUGUGUGAGAUGGAUAUGGAUCCGUGCGCCUCGGCGCCCUGUCUGUACGGCGGCCGCUGUGAGGUGCACGAGUUGGGCAAUUACACGUGCGCAUGUCCGCUGCACUUAUCGGGGCGCCGCUGCGAAUAUGGCAAAUAUUGUUCGCCGAAUCCAUGCAAAAAUGGUGGCGUUUGCGAGGAGGGCGAUGGCACACCGCACUGCAUGUGCCGUGGCUAUACCGGGCCAACGUGUGAGAUCGACGUGAAUGAAUGUGAUAAUCAUCCGUGUGGCAAUGGUGCCACCUGCAUCAAUGAGGCUGGUAGCUUUCGCUGUAUUUGCCCAUCUUAUCUCACAGGCGCCAGUUGUGGCGAUCCAUUAUAUUCGAAUUCGAUUUCUACAAAGUUAAAGAAUCUCUCAAUGGAGCAGCUUGCUGGCAUUGUGGUGGGCAUAGUAUUCAUUAUCAUAGUUAUACUUGUGGCCUUCUGUUGUAUAGUCAUUCGGAAGAGCAGCAAUACAAGCGGCCAAAAUGCAACGAGUAAGGAUCCAUAUAAGGGUGAGAAUUUGAAUUCGCUUGUCUGUAAGGAAAAAUAUGCCAAGAAUAUCGCUAAGAUGAGCAAUUUGGAGAUAAACCAGCGGCCAAUGAGUUAUACAGCAUCGACAAAUGAUAACUUGUACACUGGUCACACAACCUUCGUGAAUAACUUGGACAUAUUGCGCAGCUACGGUUCGGCGGGUGAUGAGCUGGAAAACAUUCCAUUCGAAUAUCAGAAAAUCAAUCGAAAUAAUGAGCAUGUAAAUCUAAACGAUUCUGAUCCCGUACAAAAGCGCGACUGGGCUGAACAAAUGCAUUUAAAGACGUUCAGCGAGAAUAAGCUUAACAAUGAAAAACUCGAUUAUGCCGCUUUAAAAACCGGCUGUAGCAAAAUGAUACAAGUAACAGUGCCAAAUGUAUGUCAUUCACCUUAUACCGAUUAUCCAACGGUCAAUCAUGGUCAAUAUCAUUGGGACUGUUCGGAUUGGGUACGUAAAAGCCAUAAUCCAUUGCCGGAUAUAACAGAAGUACCUGGUGCUGAGAUUGCCGACUCAUCGAGCUUCCAUAGUAAUGAUAGCAAUGAAUCUAAGCCAAGGCGUACCUAUGCAAUGCAAAGUAUGUGCGUUGGCGUUGAUCCUACACGAGAUAUUGUAACUUUAAAUGAAGACUUAACAUCCGAAUGCAUCGACUCUGAACUCGAGAGUUGUAUGCGACCUUUCGAACUGCCGCUUAUUAAUAAUGAUGAUGUUUCAAGACUGAGCCCCCAAAUUAACUUUGAGAAUGAAGACUUCAUUACAAAUCCAGUGCCUUCAACAUAUGAUCCUAUGAACUCAUGUAACGCAUACUUACGGCAUCCAGAUUCAUAUUUACCUCCAUUUAAUGUACCCAGUGAAACUGAAGGUGAAAGUUCAAGCACUGAGGUAUUUUCAAAAGCCACCAGUGAAAUGCUACCCAGAAGAAAAUUAAGUGACAAAUCGGAAGAAAUUUAUGUGUUCAGAAAUCUCCACUCGAAAAAUGGAUCAAAUAGNGACCUAUCGGUUCACUUGUGUGAAAUUGAAGAUUCCGAAUUAGAGGAAUUUUUACCAAGCUCAUCAAAAGACGUUAAUAAUAGAUAGAAAAAGUGGGAACCCUCGAUCGUAAAUGGCAUUUAAU